AUGUCAGCCAGCGACAGAGAUCGCCGCCAGUUGGACACGAGCGGUAUAUCAUUGCAAACGGACCUGGAUGGUACGCAGUGGCUUCACCACGCUUUGACUGGCGAGGUGAAGAAGAUCGCAGAGACAUGCUCGAUGGAGCUCGCACUUGACGAGAACAUCGGCUUAGUUGUUCAGGUGAUCGACGAUCCAGAGGCGCCAUCCACUUAUGCCCAAAAUUAUCUCCGGUAUGCUUUUUACAGAGACUCACAAGGCCUGUCUGAUCGGGUCUUCGAUGCCCACGCUCAGCGUUUCAUGACAGCGUCUGAUUUUUCUGUCAUGCAUCGCAGAUUCACUCUAGCUCUGUACCUUCCUGGGGGGGCGGGCUCUCUGAAAGUGGAUUUGUACUGUUUCACCGAAGGCGCUUGCGGGCAGCAUUGGUGGUGGAAGCUUCCGCCAAUUCUGCGCGCCACCCUGCUGCCAGAGGCACAGGGGAAACGAAAGAAGGAGGUUCAUCUAGUGCUUGGCGACCGCAUGCGUUCGUGGCAGCCGCUGUUGGGGAGACUCGGCGUGCCCCAAGUGCGGAAAGCGAGGCCUCAGCGGCCUUCCGAUAGCAAGCUGGACGGCCCCACCGAUGAUGAAAUCAGGGCUGGGCGCGUCUUGAGACACGCUUCCAUUUGCACGGGCAGCCUUUUGAUCAUCUUGCAGCGGAUGGCUUUCAACGAGCCGCUCCAAGGAGGAUGCAAAAGCAGAGACGCCGCAGCCAAUUGCAAGACCAUUUUGGAUGGCAUGCUGCGGCUCUGCAGCCCCAUGCUCUCGGAAAUCCUGUUGUCCGCCGAGCCUGACCGCGAAUAUGGCGAGCACGGGCGCCUUGUUUCCUCCGACGACGAUGCCAAUUGGCGCAGCUUCGUCGUGGCCGACGGGGCAGUCGAUUUUGAGGAGUUCCACGCCUGGGCACUUGAGCACAUCCGAGCGAAUUCGCUUUUGAAUUCACAAUAUUGGACCGGAUCUGGUACUCUCAUCAAUUUGCUGGAAAAGUUAGCCCGUGUUCCGAGUUGCUGCUUGGCCAGGUCUGUCAUCGUGCAGAUUUUGCGGCACGCGGGGGUCGUGCUUGAAGCUUUCCUGGACGACGCGGCUGGGUCUCUCUUGAACGGUCAGAAGGUCCCGUUUUUGACCGUGGCGCCUUUCGCGGGCCUCAGCGCGUACCAGCGGCACCAGGACCUCUGCCGGUACGUCGCUGCUUGUCGGGCUGAGGCGGCUCAAUUCCAGCAGGUCUAUUCUUUUGGGACCGACGCUUCGCGCGUGGGCUACAAAGCCAGGAGCAAUUUCGCAUUCGUGUACCCCAACAACGUCCUGGCAUUCGGGCCGCCUGCGGACGAUUUUGGUCAUUACCCGCCGCAGGUGCUGAAAGACAUUCAAACAGGCCGUGGAUUGGCUUUCGCACUGGACGAUGUGCAGGCUUUAGCAGAAGCCCAGAAUGAGUUUGUCGAGGAGAACCGGCGUAGGUUGUCACGGAAACGAGGUGGCGGGUUCUUAGCUAAGAGCCGUCGCAAGUACAGGAAGAAAUCAUUCCAGUAUUUAUGCUUGGAAGAUUCCGCCAUCAAGCUGAUGAUGGACAACGAAGGUUUCAAGUCACAUUUUGUGAGCCCGGAGAAGUUGGCAAACUUGUCUGAUCCGUAUUCUUGGAACCUCGCGAGAAGGAGUUCUGACAAAGGCCCAGAGAUGAUAUCUUCUUCAAAUUUCUUGAGAUGGGGGCUGAGACUCAACAUAGAACAGGAUUGGGACAAAUCUCAUGGAGCGUGGAGGUCGUGCUUGGAUGCGGUCAACACGGCAGGCAUGCUUACCCGCCUUACUCUUCUCGUCAUGGCCUUUAACACUGGAUAUGGCGAGUGGAAAGAUGGAUCCCGCGGGGAGCAAAUCCGCAUCAGCACGAGGGACUCCCUACAGACGCUUUCGGAUGGGCAAGACAUCCCCUACCAGGCCUGCUUGCCGCAGAUCUUGGAGGAUAGAGGCAAAAACGUAUCAACCUUCUCUUCGAAAGACAGCGAGAACCUCCGGAAAGAACUUCUGGACAACAACAUCUGGGACCACAACCCUAGCAAGCUCAACCUCACGCGGUUCUUCAAUCCGAUUGAUCGGCAUUUUGAGUGGGAGCGGGACAAGUGGGGGGAACGACAGUACGGCCUCAUGACGACAUGUUUUGAGCUCGGUUUGAUGAAGCUUACCAAAGAGGAUCUAGGAGGUGGUAAAAGCAAAGACCACCCAGCCGCACCGGAAGGAAAACCCAAGGCCUCUUCUUCCCAAAGUCAUGCAAAGCAGACUGCGUACAGCAUCAAACGGGCGGCAGGGAACCCGGUAUACUUCGGUUUCAUUACGUACGCGGACAAGUCGAACAGGUACAUCAUGGAGAUCAUUAGCUCCGUGGUCGGGCCGUUGAGGGAGUGGCACACAACCCAGAGCACCGAGCAUCGAUCAGCAACGGGGGCCUUUAAGUGGGAGUCGUUGCAAGCAGGAGGUCGGUACUGGCAACACAUCGACCAGACCAUUGCCCGCCUAGGUGGUGCUACGUCUUGGUUGAAGUGCGGCAUGCGCGUGGACACUGCUGGGGACGGCGUGGAGGAGGGGGCGGAGGUGAGCUUCCAGGACAUGUAUGCUGGUUAUUUCGGUAACAUGGUGGUCGCCCUUGCCGGCAGCCGCCUGGAGUGGGGACUGGAUUACAUUCGCGGCUUCCCCAGGAAAGCCAUCAUGUUCUUGACCGACAACCCCAGGCGCACCGCCUACCUGAACCUGUUCACGAAGUAUUGCGACAUUAUCGACAAGGCCAUGGCGUCCGCGGACGCUGAUAUCGCAAGCAUGGGGGGGCGCAGUCACAUGCGAUUGACCCCUGUCCUCCAGCUCCGAGGCAUGCUGCGGCUUGAACCGGCUCCAAAGGAAGGCUUGACACCCAAGUUCGCUGCUUUCUUGAAGCAGCGCAGCAACGGCCUCCACGCAACGCAGCUUCUGGAGGAUUCGUUCAACACGCAAAAGGCCAUGGUUCGGCAGAGGGUCACCCACAGGGUUGACGACGAAAACGCUUACUUCGCCCUCUUGCACACGGAGAAGGGCGUCCAGAGCAAGCACCAUUACGAUGCGCCGAAAUUGGGUUCCGUGGCAGAGGUGGACAACGACCUCUUGAAGGAGUCCGCGUUCCAUCCUAGCCCGGGCGAUGCGUGGCGAGAGUUGGAUAAGAUAGUGGGGCGGGAGCAGGAACCCUCAUGGCACCAUCCGGCGGCGGGCGCGCAGAACUUCACGAUAGCAGAGCUCUUGCGGUUGGAGGCAGCGUUGCCGUUGGUGCCCGUGCCAAAGCCCAAGGAGCAGUCCGUGAUGGCGGGAUUGCUGAGCGGUCGCCAUUUGAUCGUUCGGGUCGGGGAUUCGGAACAGAGGCUUCUUGUGUUGAAGCGCGCGUGUGACUUGUCCUUCUUCGGGUGGCCCGUCCAGCGCAAGGAGAUCGAGGGGCGCCCGGGCUCGCACUGGUAUGAGCUGCAGCCGUCCGGCGAGAAGUUGCACAUGAUCAACAUGUUGGACCACGCCCGCAUAGAGGCUGAAGAGUACGAGUGGUGGAGCCCCAUGCACCAGCGCGUCAGGUUCCCAAACAGCGGGAUAGCGAUGGGCCCGCAGCAGCGCCCCCGCGCAGUCAAGGUUGCAGGCCCCCUUUCUCUCAAGGAGCUUGCAGCUCGGAGGGCGUUCUUCUCGCUGUCGAAGAGCUGGUGCGUUGAGUUCGGCAAGCUUAUCGACGUAGAGGUCGCAUCCACGGACCAUAUGUGGGACGUGCUAGCAACGCUCAUCUGCGCCGUGGUGCCCGACCUCACUGACGACGGCCUUCUUGAGAUCAUGCACAGGCGCUGCUUCGAUGCCACCCAAGAUUCCAGCCGCCAGGAUCUACGUCUCGCGGAAGCCUGCAGGGAUAACUUGACGAAGGACUAG